GAAGAACGUUGAAAAAAGGACGCUGCCGGGUGGCGUGUAAAGUUAUGACUUGAACAUGGCUGACCAGGGGCCCCUUUUAACAUCCUGUAUUAUCUUUUAUUUAUCCAUUGGGGCCGCGAUAUUCCAAAUUCUCGAGGAGUCCAACUGGGAGUUGGCCAGGAGCAAAUAUGUUUUCCAAAAAGAACAGGUUUUGAAGAAGUACCCCUGCCUUAGGAAAGAGGAUCUGGAUGAAAUUCUCGAGGUAGUGUCAGAUGCUGCAGGACGAGGUGUGAUCAUCAAUGAGGACAACCAUCGAAACAUGUGGGACUGGGGGAACUCUGUCAUCUUUGCAGCAACUAUUGUCACAACUAUAGGCUAUGGUAAUGUGGCCCCAAAGACUAAAGGAGGUCGAGUGUUCUGCAUCCUGUACGGUUUGUGCGGCAUCCCACUAUGUCUGGUAUGGAUAAGUAAGCUGGGUUCAUUCUUUGGAGAUCGGGCAAAACGUCUAUCUCAGAUCCUCAUCCGCAAAAACGUGCCAGUGAAACGUGUACAGCUUAUCUGCACAGUUAUAUUCCUGCUAUGGGGACUCUUCGUGCACCUGGUGAUCCCGCCGCUCGUUUUCAUGUCGCUGGAAGGAUGGAGCUACUUGGAAGGCUUCUACUUUUCUUUCAUCACCCUCACAACUGUCGGCUUCGGAGAUUACGUGGCAGGUGUGAAUCCAAAUAUUGAGUACCCGAGGCUAUACCGAGUGUUUGUGGAGAUAUGGAUCUACAUGGGCCUGGCUUGGCUGUCUCUGUUCUUCAGCUGGAAUGUAAACAUGGUCGUGGAAGCGCACAAGGUGUUGAAGAAACGACGACACAAACGCCGACCCUUCCAGGAUGACGAACCUCAGCCUGAAGAGGACACGCCCAAGUCGGACACGCCCAGGCCGAGCGUUAUCGAUAUUUUUAGCUUCUUAUCGGACAAAGAGGAAGACUACAGCACUGUUAUCAAGGAGAUUGGAAUGGCGGCAAAACCAAGUUCCAUUGAUGUUUUCAGUCGCUCCAAGAGCUGCAGUGACAUCUUGACCACCAACAUCGAGAUGCUGGACCACUCGCCGCGGCACAGAUGCCUGAUUAGCAUCAGUGAAGUAUUUAUGAAUCCAAAGAACAACGACUGCCAAGAAAACGAGAAUCAGUCUCUUUUCCAAGAAAACUCGACAACGGGCGAACCAGCAGAGUGUGCGGGAACCGAUGACACACUCAAGGAAGUCAACGGGACAAAUGAUUCACCAAAUGAUGGCAUGUCAUUUACUGUGCCAGCCGUAGGAAGAACCCAAGAAGAAAAUGCUCAACCAAGUAAUGGUGUAACCCGGUUUACAAUUUCUAAAGUACAAGAGGAAGAUGCAUUACUCAAUAAGGAUGAAAAUGGGUAAAGUUGAAUAUAAGCAAUACCAUGAACUGUUCUGCAUGGUUUGAGGAAAUAAUGCAGUAUAAGUAUUGAUAUUAUAACAGAGACAAUAUGCAGUUGGUCCUAAUCUGUGCUGUGGUUCAUAACAACGGUGCUUGAUGGGGUUGAGGUCAGGGUUGAAAUUCUUCUACACCACACUGAUGUAUGUUGGGAUUUGAAUGAUAAACAUGCCAUAUCAUCUUGUGUUACAUUUCAUGGCCAAGUGAUACUUCGGACUUUAAUUGCAGUGUAUUUCAUACUUUCUUGAAUUUAUUUGUUUUCUCUUCAUUCUUCCAAAUUACUGUUUGUCUUUGCAUCUCACGCUAAUUUACAUCAAGUGCUGUCAACGUAUAUAUUUACAGGCAACCUAAAAUCCAUGUAUGUAAUUUUUCGAAUUUCUGUUUCUUUAUUAAAUUAUUGUUCAAGGCCCCA